UAUACAAGCUAUAAAAUGUUUGUGAUUCCUUUUAUAGGAUUAAAGGAGAACCGAUUUGGACUUGUCGGCUUUGGUGGCCCAGGGAUACAUGAUCUUCCACACAUGCACACGAUUGAUCAUCAGAUAUUUAACCAUCAGCGCAAGCUUCAGCUUGGAAUUGAAGGUUUGGAGUUCGGUGAGGGCGGUAACAACGAUACAUUCAAAGCACUUUUGAAGGCUGCAAACUACCCAUUCCGCGCCGGUGUUGCCAAGAACAUAAUCCUUAUUUCAUGCUCACAGUGUAAAGAUACAAAGCUAUCUUAUAUGAAGAUUAGCCGAACUAUAAUCAAACGUGGAAUA